AUGAAAGUGGGACUGUUGACAAAUUUCUUACACUAUUUCAACCUGAAGCAGGGCACAGUGUUAAUAGCUGUGUUUCAGUUGUUUACAUCUGGGUUUAGUAUGAUAUUUUGCAUACUGGCGCUAGGACAUGCCAUGGGAAUUCAGGAAAUGGUGGUGAGAGAUACAGAGGAUGCUCUCGAGAGAGAAGCUCUAGAAGAUAUAUUAUCUAACCACUUAAAUACUAGGAAGAUGGAUAUGGCGCACCACAAUGCAACCGAAACAGUUUAUACGAUGUACUGUGGGGUGUUUGUCACAGUGAUACAUUUUAGUUCGACUAUUCUACUCUUGUACGGUGCGCUCACGAAUAAUCGUCACUGUAUGGCACCCUGGAUGAUGGUCAUGAUGGCGAUAAUAUCGGCAUUGACAAUUUCUUUGUUCUUAGUAGAACAAGACUGCCCGUUUAUUGCUACCCUCGGUGGUAAAGCAGAUAUUUGUGAACGUAUGAUCGUUCUCAUUCUCGUAAUCACUAGUUCUUACGUGUGGUUCGUGGUCUAUAGUACUUACAAAAGUCUCGAGACGAAGAAAGGACUGACUCACAUUCUCCACGGCACGAAGAAAAAGCCCGCGGUUCCGGUCGUACAAAAACCGAAAGCUGUUCAGGCACACGCGAACAAACCGUUCGAGGUUUAAAGAUACUGUACGAAGGUAUAGAAGUAGCGACAGAAAAUCGGAU